CACAGACAUACUUGUUAUCAUUUUUGUGUUAACUACUGUGAAUUAUGGAAUUAAAUAUUUUUAAGUUUAAAAUAUUUAUUUUUAACUAUGAACAAAGUAGUUUUUAUUUGACUCGUCAAUCGGUUGGACAAGCAACGUUACACCAAAGGAAAGAUCUGACACAAGAUGAAACUUUUAACUCACAUUGGGUUUUUCUCCACGUCCCUUGUUUCGAUAAUUGGUGCUUAUAGUAUGCCAACUUUCCCACCAUUAAAGAAAUUAUUUAACAACUUUAAUCCUGGAUUGUUCAUGUUUCUAACGUUUUGGAACUGUAAAAUUCCUGAGGAUUCCAGAAAGAAAAAUAAAGAAACUAGCCGUACAAGAUGCGAGAUUCCAUUCUCAUAGGAUUUCACGCGAUUGCAUGUUUGCAAUUCGCAUAUUCUGUUUAUUACGAUUUCACGUACACCGUGGUGCCAACGCAUAUAAUGAAGAGCCACAGCGCUUUCGGUGGAAGAUUUAAAUUUCUCACAUUUUGGGACGCGAUAUUACAAGCGGUAUUCUUUUUAAUAUGUAUCAUAAACGAUUUUUAUGGUACCAAUGCAGUUGCCCCAAAGAAACCACCAUUUAUCCGAAAAUUAAAGGAUUAUCUUUUCGGGGCUCUUUGUUUUCCUUUAGCCAUGUUCGUGGGGAUUACGUUUUGGGCGUUAAUGUUCAUCGAUCGUGAAUUGGUAUUACCAAAGGCAUUAGAUCCAUAUUUUCCAUGGUGGUUGAAUCAUCUGAUGCAUACGAUGAUCAUGGUUUCAAUCGUUAUAGAGUUGUUGUUAGCACCACGAAAAUAUCCUAAACGAUCGCAUGCUCUUUCUGGUCUCAUAGGAUUUACGCUUACUUACUUAGUCUGGGUCCACGUGAUAUAUUACAAGAACGGCAUUUGGGUAUACCCAGUGAUGGAAGUAUUGACGCCGGCAAUGCGAUUAGUAUUCUUUGGAAUUUUAUUGAUAUUCACGUUGUUACUAUAUUUCACCGGAGAAAUGCUGAACAAACUCGUUUGGGGUAACGGUAAAACUAAACAACACAAAUCUCAUUCCAAGUAAACCCCGCCAAACUUGUCACCGGCAAGUGACCACAAAUCAUGAUCUGCCUCUCCAUCGGUGGUGGUGGUGAAUAAAAUUCUCUUUUAUUGUUCACUCGUUGAAAAAAAUGCACGUUUUUUUUUUAUUUUUCUUCUUUAUAAAAAAGAAAAAAAGAAGGAAAGAAAAAAAAAUAAUAAUCAUUAUCGUUAUCAAAACAUUAAAACAAACAAAAAAAAGGAAAAAAAAAGAAAGUAAUAUAAAGGGAAACCGAACAGACAGAAUCCUCCCAGUUCCCGCAAAACACCCACCCUCUCCGAAAAGAAUACUAUGCAUGCACACGGGCAGAUUUCACACGGUAAAUGCUGCUGAAUCGAUAAUCCAACCUUUUGUUUGGGUCGUGUUAACUUUGCUCAACAGUCUGCAGACUGACUGAUUCUGAUGCUCAAAGCAUGUUUUUAAGUGAGUUUAUCUCGCUAAAGCUUUCAAAUAAUUGUGUUUACAACCCCUAUUCCUGUUUUAUUUGCUUUUUGUUUUUUUUUAUAUUCCCUUACCCUAAUGGAAAACUAAAAAGUAAUAGUGCCUGGAUAUAGAGCAAGUGACCGAUUGUAAAUAAAAUUCGAUUUAAUUAAUAAUAAUGCGCCUCUCUAUUAUUAGACUCUCGUCAUAAUCAUUAUUUUUGUACUUUUUUAUAACGAGAGUAUGAUACAUACUGUGGGUGAAAAAAGUAUUGGGAAAAAGAAAAGAUAUUGAAAUUAGUAGAGAUUCUUAUAGAAAUCAACGGAAUUUUAGAAUCGCAUCGUUUUCUCAGGUGGUGGUAUUAGUGCAGCAAAAUGAAGUGUUCAAAUACUUUUUUUACCUACUAUAUAUAAUGUAAUAAUAAUAAAAGUAAUCAAAUAUUAAUAUGGUGUGCACGUAGGGACAAACACACACGCUACAAAGGUAUAUACCAAUCAUUAUAUAAAUAUAUAAUAAAAAAUAUUAUACACAUUUGAAUUCGUUACAAAUCUCGAAUAUAUAAAAAUCUUGUUGUAUAGCAAACAAUAAAAGUUAAAAUAUCUAUAUACAUAUAUUUGUAUCGGGUAUAGGUAAAAAAUACC